CGAGGAUCUCGGACAGAUCUUGCCGGCGCAGCAGCGACGUGCGCAGCCGCGGGACUGGGGAGGGCGCUGAACCCCCGGCUACUAGGGGCUGCAGCUGUUGUACGCCCCGAUCCUGCUGCCAGCUCCUGCUGCUCUCGACACCUUGGCCCCGGCGGCCCUCUCUCGUCCGCGGCUCUUGCCGUCAGGUCUCCCUCUGCCCCUUACUUCCUCAUCUCCCCUCUCUCCCGGUGCUGCAGUGAGUCCCAGCGGGGUCGGCUUCCGUCUAACUCAGUGCAGGGCUCCCUCCCUCCCCGCCUCAGGCGCUGCAGAUCCCCAUGUUCCGCCGGGGCGCCCCGUGGGCAAGGUGGGACCGAGUCCGACCCCCACGCCGAAGUAGUGCGCCCCGUCCAGUCCCGCCGCGGCGCCUGGGGACCAUGCCGAGGGACCGUGCCUGCCCGUCCAGCCGUGUUGCCCGGACAAACACCCACAAGAGCCAAUAGGGAGGCGCGCAGCUGCCGUGGGCGAGCCUCCAUUGGCGGCAAAGAGAGGAGGAGCUGGGACUUGAAGUUGGAGUGAGGGAUCCAGCUGUGCGAAGCGCUCGGCUCUGCGCGGCUGUUCGAGGAGCAUCCUCUGUCGCCCGUCCCCGGUGCACCGGGCAGCCCUCCGGGAGCAGAGGGGCAGGUAGAAACGCUAAGGUGGCCCGCCCCGCGGUGGGGGUCAGCACCGGCAGCGGGGGCCGCCUCGCCACCGCCUCACUCCCUCCUUACCCACGGUUUGCCCGGUUCGGGUCCCCAGAGGAACGGCGAGGAGAAGCUACGGAGCCCACAGACGGCAGGGCAGGGCGAGGUGGGCGGCCCGGCCCCGACAGGGUGCGAGGCAGCGGCUCGCCCGGCCAUGCCACCCCGGCGCUGAAGCCGCCCCGCCGCAGCCCCGCGCCCCGCGGCCCUGCCAUGGCCGCGCCCCUUUAGGUGCUUCGCCUACGGCUCGCGCCGCGUCGCCUCGGCUUUCCCCGGGGCUGCCGGACGCAGGAUGGACGAGGAUGGGCCGCGACCGGCCGAGGAGGAGCUGGAGCCAGGCAGAACCAAGACUUUCAUCCGCCUCAAUGACCUGUCCGGAGCCGGGGUCCGUCCGGGACAGGGGGACAGGGAAGCGGGCAGCAGCGGCUCGGAGGCGGAGGGGCUGCCCUACCCGGCACUGGCCCCCGUUGUCUUCUUCUACCUGAACCAGGAGAGCCGACCGCGGAGCUGGUGCCUCCGCCUGGUCUGUAACCCGUGGUUCGAGAGGGUGAGCAUGCUGGUGAUCCUGCUCAACUGCGUGACGCUGGGCAUGUUCCACCCCUGCGAGGACAUCGCCUGCGACUCGCCGCGCUGCAGGAUCCUCCAGAGCUUCGAUGAUUUCAUCUUUGCCUUCUUUGCUGUGGAAAUGAUUGUCAAGAUGAUCGCGCUGGGGAUCUUUGGGAAGAAAUGCUACUUGGGAGACACCUGGAACCGCCUGGACUUCUUCAUUGUCAUCGCGGGGAUGCUGGAGUACUCCCUGGACCUGCAGAACGUCAGCUUCUCAGCGGUCCGCACUGUGCGCGUCCUGCGCCCGCUCAGGGCCAUUAACAGGGUCCCCAGUAUGCGCAUCCUGGUGACACUGCUUUUGGACACACUGCCCAUGCUGGGGAAUGUCCUGCUCCUUUGCUUCUUUGUCUUCUUCAUCUUUGGCAUCGUGGGAGUCCAGCUGUGGGCAGGUUUGCUCAGGAACCGCUGCUUCCUCCCUGAGAACUUCAGCAUCCCCUACACGGUGGAUUUGGAGCCAUACUACCAGACCGAGAAUGAAGAUGAGAACCCAUUCAUCUGCUCCCAGCCGCGAGAGAAUGGGAUGCGCUACUGCCGCAGUAUCCCAACGCGGAGGGAAGAGGGCCUGGUGUGCACCCUGGAUUACUACUCCUACAACGACACCACCAACACAUCCUGUGUCAACUGGAACCAAUAUUACACUAACUGCUCCGCUGGGGAGCACAACCCCUUCAAGGGAGCCAUCAACUUCGAUAACAUUGGCUAUGCCUGGAUCGCCAUCUUCCAGGUCAUCACGCUGGAAGGCUGGGUGGACAUCAUGUACUUUGUCAUGGAUGCACACUCCUUCUACAACUUCAUCUACUUCAUCCUCCUGAUCAUUGUGGGCUCCUUCUUCAUGAUCAACCUCUGCCUGGUGGUGAUAGCAACACAGUUCUCCGAGACGAAGCAGCGCGAGAGCCAGCUGAUGAAGGAGCAACGUGUGCGCUACCUGUCCAAUGCCAGUACCCUUGCCAGCUUCUCAGAGCCGGGCAGCUGCUACGAUGAGCUCCUCAAGUACCUGGUCUACAUUGCCCGUAAAGGCAGCAAGCAGCUCGUGGAGGCCUACCAAGUGGCAGGUGUGAGGAUGGGCUUCCUCACCAGCCCUGCCAGCAAGGCAAGGGCUGACCGCCAUGCCAGGAAGCACUGGAACAAGAAGAGGCACUCUGUGCAUCACCUCAUCCACCACCAUCACCACCACCACCACCACUACCACGUGGGCAACGGGAACCUACGGGCACCCCGUGCCAGCCCAGAGAUCAGUGAUGUGGAGACCGGUUCCCUCCACAACGGGACCAACCGGCUGAUGCUCCCCUCCUUGGCACCAAACCCCCAUGGGGCCCCCAGCACCACUUCCAGCACCACUGAGUCUGUCCAUAGCAUCUACCAUGCCGACUGCCACUUUGAGCCGGUGCUCUGCCGGUCAUCCCUGUCACAGCCGGGCCUCAGCUUGCCAAGCCCAGAGAGGAUCCCCCAGAACAUAGCAGGCAGCAAGGUGUACCCCACAGUGCACCCCAGUACCUCCCAUGAGAUCUUAAAAGAGAAGAACCCUGGGGAAGCAGCGGUGGGUGCUGCAAGCAGCACCUUGACGAGCCUCAACAUCCCACCUGGGCCCUACAGCAGCAUGCAGAAGCUGCUGGAGACGCAAAGCACAGGAUUCUUCUCAGUCCAUGUUCUGGAGAAAGGCGACGGCUUUCCAGGUCCCUGCCAAAGCUCCUGUAAGAUCUCCGGUCCCUGCACCAAGCUGGACAGUGACUCCUGCAACCCUGAGAGCUGCCCAUACUGCCUCAAGGCACUGGCGAGUGAGGCCGAGCUGACGGACAACGAGGGGGGCGACUCAGACAGCGAGGGCAUCUAUGAGUUCACGCAGGACGCCCGCUACAGCGACCAGCGCGACCCGCAGCAGGACAGAGCCCAGCCCAGGAGGGCAGGCCGGCUGCUGGCCUUCUGGCGCGUCGUGUGCGAGACCUUCCGCAAGAUUGUGGACAGCAAAUACUUCGGCCGUGGGAUCAUGGUGGCCAUCCUCAUCAACACGCUCAGCAUGGGGAUCGAGUACCACGAGCAGCCAGAGGAGCUUACCAAUGCUCUGGAGAUCAGCAACAUAGUCUUCACAAGCCUCUUUGCCCUGGAGAUGCUGUUGAAAGUCCUUGUUUAUGGUCCUUUUGGCUACAUUAAGAACCCAUACAACAUAUUCGAUGGCAUCAUCGUAGUGAUCAGCGUGUGGGAGAUCGUGGGCCAGCAAGGCGGGGGGCUCUCGGUGCUGCGCACCUUUCGGCUCAUGCGGGUUCUGAAGCUGGUCCGCUUCAUGCCAGCCCUCCAGCGCCAGCUGGUAGUCCUCAUGAAGACCAUGGACAAUGUGGCCACGUUCUGCAUGUUGCUGAUGCUCUUCAUCUUCAUCUUUAGCAUCCUGGGGAUGCAUCUCUUUGGCUGCAAGUUUGCUUCGGAGCGGGAUGGGGACACGCUGCCCGACAGGAAGAACUUCGACUCCUUGCUCUGGGCCAUCGUCACUGUUUUCCAGAUUUUGACCCAGGAAGACUGGAACAAGGUUCUCUACAAUGGCAUGGCAUCGACCUCCUCCUGGGCUGCUCUCUACUUCAUCGCUCUCAUGACCUUUGGGAAUUACGUUCUCUUUAACCUGCUGGUGGCCAUCCUGGUGGAGGGUUUCCAGACAGAGGAGCUCUCCAAGCGUGAAGAUGUGAGCGGGCAGCUGAGCUGUAUUCAGCUGCCUGUCAACUCGGCGUGGGGAGAUGCUUCCAAGUCUGAUUCUGAGGGGGAUCUCUUUCCUCGCGCUCUGGAUGAGGAGGGAGGACUCAGGAAGAACUCACCGAAUCCAGUCUUGAUGGCCCUGAGCGACCACCCGGAGCUGAAGAAGAGCCUGACCCCACCGCUCAUCAUACACACGGCUGCCACGCCGAUGCCCAUGCCCAAGAGUGCCGUGUUUGGAGACGUGGCGCAGGGCUUUGAGUCGCGCCGGGCCAGCAGCAUCUCUAUGGACCCUGCUGCCUACGAGCUCAAGUCCCCGCCCAGCGCCCGCAGCUCCCCGCACAGCCCCUGGCGCGCCGGCAGCAGCCGGACGAGUCGCCGCUCCAGCUGGAACAGCAUCGGCCGCGCUCCCAGCCUCAAGCGCCGGGGCCAGAGCGGCGAGCGCAGGUCCCUGCUCUCCGGGGAGGGCAAGGAGAGCUCGGAGGAGGGAGAGAGCUCGGAUGAGGAGCGCUCCAGCCGGGCCGGCAGCUUCAAUGGCUCCUUGCCCCAUCGCAUGGAGUCGCUGGAAACAAAAAGCUCCUUUGACCUCCAGGACACCCUGCAGGUGCCUUCCCUGUACCGGACCAGCAGCAUGCACAGCAGCCGAGCCUCCGCCUCAGAGCACCAAGACUGCAAUGGGAAGACUUCUCCAAGCCUGCUGCUGCACCAGCUCCACCUGGAUGACCCUCGCCAGGACUGUGAUGACGGCGAUGAUGAAGGCAACAUGAGCAAAGGGGCCCGCCUGAAGGCCUGGGUGUGGGCACAGCUGCCCACCUGCUGCAGAGAGAGGGACUCCUGGUCCAUCUACAUCUUCGCGCCACACUCCAGAUUCCGACUGAUGUGCAACAAAAUCAUCACACACAAGAUGUUUGAUCAUGUCGUCCUGGUGAUCAUUUUCCUCAACUGCAUCACCAUCGCUAUGGAACGGCCCAAAAUCGAGCCUCACAGUGCUGAGCGGAUUUUCCUAACACUCUCCAACUACAUCUUCACGGUGAUCUUCCUGACUGAGAUGACAGUUAAGGUGGUGGCACUAGGCUUGUGUUUCGGGGAGAAAGCCUACUUGAAAAGCAGCUGGAACGUGCUGGAUGGGCUGCUGGUUCUCAUCUCUGUCAUCGACAUCCUGGUCUCGAUGGUGUCAGACAGCGGCACGAAGAUCCUGGGCAUGCUGCGGGUUUUGAGGCUGCUGAGGACUCUGCGGCCCUUGAGAGUUAUCAGUCGGGCCCAAGGACUGAAGCUGGUGGUGGAGACCCUUAUGUCAUCCCUGAAGCCUAUUGGGAACAUUGUGGUCAUCUGCUGUGCCUUUUUCAUAAUCUUUGGGAUCCUAGGAGUUCAGCUUUUCAAAGGCAAGUUUUUUAUCUGCCAGGGGGAGGACACCAGAAACAUCACCAAUAAAUCAGAUUGUGCAGAAGCCAGCUACAAAUGGGUCCGGCACAAGUACAACUUCGAUAACCUCGGGCAGGCUCUGAUGUCUCUCUUCGUUCUGGCCUCCAAGGAUGGGUGGGUGGAUAUCAUGUACGAUGGCUUAGAUGCUGUGGGAGUGGACCAGCAGCCAGUCAUGAACUACAAUCCGUGGAUGCUCCUCUACUUCAUCUCCUUCCUGCUUAUUGUGGCUUUCUUCGUCCUCAACAUGUUUGUGGGGGUGGUGGUGGAGAAUUUCCACAAGUGUCGGCAGCACCAGGAGGAGGAAGAAGCCAAGAGGCGGGAGGAGAAGAGGCUUCGCCGGCUGGAGAAAAAGAGAAGGAAUCUAAUGCUGGAUGAUGAGUUAAUGGAGAGCUCAGCCAGCGCAGUGCAAGAGGCUCAGUGCAAGCCCUACUACUCAGACUACUCCCGCUUCCGCCUCCUCAUCCACCAGAUGUGCACUAGCCACUACCUGGAUUUGUUCAUCACUGGCGUGAUUGGCCUCAACGUGAUCACCAUGGCCAUGGAGCACUACCAGCAGCCCAAGGUUCUUGAUGAAGCCCUGAAAAUUUGCAAUUACAUCUUCACCGUUAUCUUUGUUCUGGAGUCUGUUUUCAAGCUGAUUGCCUUUGGGUUUCGUCGCUUCUUCCAAGACAGAUGGAACCAAUUAGAUCUGGCAAUCGUGCUGCUGUCUAUCAUGGGCAUCACUUUGGAAGAGAUCGAGGUGAACGCUUCACUACCGAUUAACCCCACUAUAAUCCGGAUCAUGAGGGUGCUCAGAAUUGCUCGAGUGCUGAAGCUGCUGAAGAUGGCUGUAGGGAUGAGAGCCCUGCUGGACACCGUGAUGCAGGCGCUGCCACAGGUAGGGAAUCUGGGUCUUCUCUUCAUGUUGUUGUUUUUCAUAUUUGCAGCUCUUGGAGUGGAGCUGUUCGGAGACCUGGAGUGCGACGACAGCCACCCCUGCGAGGGGCUGGGCCGCCACGCCACCUUCCGCAAUUUCGGCAUGGCCUUCCUCACCCUUUUCCGAGUGUCCACGGGGGACAACUGGAACGGGAUCAUGAAGGACACGCUGCGAGACUGUGACCAGGAGUCCACCUGUUACAACACUGUCAUCUCACCCAUCUACUUCGUCUCCUUCGUGCUGACAGCCCAGUUUGUCCUGGUGAACGUGGUGAUUGCCGUGCUCAUGAAGCACUUGGAGGAGAGCAACAAAGAGGCUAAGGAGGAGGCAGAGCUUGAAGCAGAACUGGAGAUGGAAAUGAAGACAAUUGCCCCUGGCCAACAUAGUCCCACAGACGUCUUAAUGUGGACCGGCAGCACCGGUGGGGAGAGGCCUGAGAGCCCCCGGGAAUGUGCCAACCCCAUGCAAAUCAAGGUGGAUUCUCAGCUCUCGUUAGUUUACCCUAUGGAGAGGCACUUGUUUGAUACCAUAUCACUGCUGAUCCAGGGAUCUCUGGAAGGAGAGCUGAAGAUGAUGGACAACCUGUCAGGCUCUGUGUGCCAUCAUUAUGCCCUCCCAGCUCCCGAAUAUUACAGCUCUGAGAAACAGAUCCCUCUAGCUGAGAUGGCUCUGUCUCUGACGUCAGAUAUUCUCUCUGAAAAGUCCUGGUCCUUAGCUCUGACGGAUGACUCUUGUCCUGAUGACAUUAGCACACACUUACUUAGUGCUCUGGAAAGCAAUGCUGAUCUCCGCUCCGCGGACACCUCCCUGGCCCUGUCUGCCAGCAAGGACCUGCUCAGCGUGAGGAAGCCUUCGGUGGGGCGCACCCACUCCCUGCCCAACGACAGCUACAUGUUCCAGCCGCCCUUCUCCAGCCCCUGCCCUGCCUCGCUGGGCGGGAGGGACCCAGCACACCACAAGUCCCAGUCAGGUUCAAAGGCGUCAGUGCAGUCGCAGCCAGCAGACACCAGCUCCCUCCUGCAGAUCCCAAAAGAUCAUUUUCACCAUGCCAGAGCUCGUGAACGUGUUGUGAGGGAGGGCAAGGCCCAGGUGGCCCCGCAGGUGCACUCCCCUUCUGCCGAGAGGCUGCUGCGCAGGCAGAUGGCCAUACGGAACGACUCUCUAGACAGCAAGGAGAGCAUCCACACUGAGGUGAGUGAGCUCCCUGACCCAAAUGUCCCUGCUGUGGCCAAGGAGGAGGCAUCCGCCUCAGAAACCACCUCAGAAAUGAAUGAGGUGGUUGCAUGGAGCCAGGCAAGCCCUGGCGUGCAGCAGCUUUCCUACACUCAGUGUAAUGUUUCAAAGCAGGCACCACCAUCGUGUGCUUGUGCAGACUCGUAUCAGGAGACACAUGGAGACUCAGUGGACCAAGAAGUAUCUGAAACAAACAGCUCCUCGGAGCCUUUCACUUCAGAAACUUGUACAGCCUCGAGUGUCUGUUCAGAGGUUCAGCCUCUCACUCCUAAGAGGAACAUGGGCAAUACUGGCAGUAUGACAUUGAAGGACCUGAAGAAAUACCACAGUGUAGACACCCAGGGGCUUCUAAAAAAGCCUCUCUCUUGGUUAGAUGAUCAAAGGAGACAUUCAAUAGAAAUUUGUUCAAUGGAAAAAAGCCCUCAGCACCAUUCCACAUCCAGCUCCUCUGGCUUCAUAAGUCAGGUGGUAAGUGAAAUGGAAGGCUUGCAAGGAGCACGGCAGAAGAAAAAACUGAGCCCCCCGUGCAUAUCCAUAGAGCCACCUGAUGGACAGGGUUUGCUGCCUAGAGGAUCCCACAGCAUCUCGCCUGGCAGUACAGAUGUUUGCUUGAGACGGCGUGCUCCAUCCUGUGAAUCCAAGGAUUCCGUGGAUGUCGGGGAUUCCUUGCUUCCAGACAGUAUGUCAGCAUCUACCCCAGAGAAAGACUUGUUGACACUUCCUAGCUUUUCCUUUGAUCAACUGGAAAUGGACCCCUGAGGUAUCUCCUGGUGGUGCCAAACCUUUUCUUCCUUCAUGUAAUAGAAAACAGAAGGACAAACUGUGUUCAGAACGGCACUGGGCAAAACAUUUCCAAAGGCAGAUUAAAGAGCCAGCUGGGUAGAAGAGGGGUAGCCUAGGCCAUGCUUACUUAAGCAUAUGUUCUGCUUAGGUAAAAGCAAUACCAUGUGCAGAAUCUCUGUGUAUAUUAUAUUUUAUUAAAUUAAUUGAACCUAGCAUUGCAGGAUGUAGUACAUUUUGUGACUAAAGACUCCUUUAAUUUUCUUCUAAGUAUCUCAGAAUAUUUCUGAGAUAGGAUCAGUUUUUAUGAAUAUUUUAACCUAAAAAGUAUGUAUUUAAUCCUUUUUUUGUUUGGUUGGUUUCAUUUUGUUUUGCAAAGCACAAAAUGUAGCCAAUUAGUGCAUUACAGAGGAAAUGUAUGCCACAGUUAGCAGUAAAUAAGGAUUAUUUAAUGUAAUUUAUUUUUCCCCAUGGACUUCAGUGAUGCUUUGAGAAGAAGCUCGUUUGGGUAGCACAGAAAUGCAGUGGCAAUUUAUAAACAAAGGAAUGUUCCAGUCUGGCCUAAAGUCGACACAGUGCGCAAGGACAGGAAGGCACAAAGCAGCAUGUGGUGGAUGCCUGAAGGUGGUGCCUGGAGCCCUUUCCCUGCACGCAGCACUGCACUGCACAAGCACACUGCAGGUCUCCGCUGGCUACUCUCCCAGCCAUGUCAGCAGCUGAUCUUCAGAACUGGCCUGGGAAACUGAGGCAGCCAAAGCCAGUGGCCACUUCAGAGGUGUUCUGCAGUGUCUCCCAGUCAGACUGUUCCGGUUGCUGAGCUUCGGCUUCCGUGAACCUGCUGUUUGCAGGGGAGCUGCUCCUCUCUGCCCACGUGGAAAGGUCUGGCCCAGGUCCAGGCGUGCAGCGCCCGAGUGCAGGGCGGGCUGGGCAGGGCAAGGGCUGCAGUGCUUCAGAGUGAAGCUUAUCCUUCAGCUGCCUUGAGGCUGGUCGGAUUUUAAUUCCUGAAAAUGAAAGUCAAGUGCUUAAGUGCUUGAGAGACUUGAGGCCUGCUGCAAGUCCUUGUCCAGAGUCCACAGGAGAAGGCUGCAGGCACCGAAGGACCCUUGAUUGUCAGCGCAGAAGUCAGGGCUUUGGCUACCACUGCUAGAGCUAAUUUUCAUACCUUGACUGUAAUUCAAUUUCCAAUCUAUCAAAAGCCUUAAGCAGCAACAUCAUGAUACCAAGCAGAUGAAACCAGAAUCCAUGUCCUUAACACCAGUCACCUCAGCAAUGACCUGUUCACCUCUGUGCUAAGGCCCUCUGCAAAAAGCAAUCUGCACAGCUGGGUACAGCCCAGGAGCUGCCACAGCUCCGCCUGCUCCCACACCUCCCGCUCUGCACAAGACUGAUGGAAACCAGACAUUAACUUCACUCACCCUCCAUGAAAUCACAUUAAGCUGUAGGCUAAAUAAGUCUCUGCAGGCAUGGUUUGAAGUGUGUGAGUAGUCACAGGUUUAAUGCUGCCUACAUGGAUAAGGCUUUGCUGGAUCGUGUCUCAAACCAGCACAGGAAGAGGAGGAUUUGUGCUAAUUCUGUCAGUCGGGAGCCUGUAAGUUUCUGAGAACUGCUGAUCUUCUCCAAUCACUACAAGGUGUUGGUGAACAGCCCUUCCUCCAUCCGGAGAUCAGACAGUUACCACGCCACGGAUCUGCUUUAGCUCCAAGCCUACACGCAAGAGGAAGAUGCUGUCUACACCCAACGGCCUGUGUGAGGUCUUAAGCUCCUUUAUUUUCACUUGAGGACGUUCACUCGGUAAACAAUUCCUACUGAUUUACAUAUCCUGCAGAAACGUGAGGGCUUUCAGCGGGAAGUCAGGCAAUCGGGGUACUUGAGGCAGGAUCAACAUUCUGUGCUAUUUACCGUGGUUAGAGUAAUUCUUGGCUGGGGCAUUUCUCCCCUCUUCCGCACGGCCCAUACCGAGGCCACUCUCUUUGAUAUGCCAGCCCAAACCCAGGGUUAAGCCUGUGUAAAGCAAUGAUUUCAAACAAACCUUUCAUCAGUUCUUCCCCCAGACCAUAUUUAAGGAAGUAAUAAAAUUACAGUGUAUUAAGCCUGAGAAAUGUCCUUAAUCCCUUUUUGGUUUAACCCUCAUAAUGAGCCUCAGCUUUUCCUUUCACUAAGUUGAUUUUGGAAAAUAGCUGGGCCUCUAAAAUUGCUGACCCUGGUUCCUUAACGCCCGGGGCCGCGUUGGGGUGGCUGGAAUGACACCGCUUGUGCGGUUCCUUCCUUACAAAAACCCAUGGAAUGCUUUUGCUUGAAAUCGUGGCACAGAACACAAGUGUGAUGGCAAUCCAAGCGCUCAGCUUCAAGUCAGUCAGAGAGCUCGAAGGCUCUUCUCUUCCCAGUGCUCGGAGCCUUGCUCCCUAACGAGGUUUUGUGGAAGUAAGGAGGAGUUGACAUCGCAGGUGAAUGUCAGUAGAGACCAGCCCCUGAGAGACAUCCAUGGCAACGCGUUCAGGAGAAGAAAUCCAUGUACAAUAGUUUGGUUGUUUUCUAAACUGGCUGAGCAUUUUCUAGGUGCCCUUUUGAAAGACAAACACAAAUGUACUGCAGUACGUGCAAUAAUCUUGAGAGAAUUUUAAAUACCUUGGGGGGGUUUUAUAGAAUUUGACUUUUUUUAAACAAAAUGUACAAAAUCCACAAGAAUUCUGUAGAAUGGUUAUGUUGAUAGAAUUUUUUAUAUUUUUGUAGAACUCUAUAGAGAAAUUGUUAAACGUCUGUGUAGCAUCUUGGGAACAGAAGCAGCUCUUAUCUACAAGUUUAUUUUCAUAGACCUGAAGCCAGACCUACUGCACCACACCUUACCUAGCCUAGUUUCAGAGCCUGCGUGUCGGUGAUGGGUGGAAUGGAGCAGCAAAGCUCAAGGCUGGCGCUGUUGCAGUGCUGCUGCUGUUUGAGGACUGUACCCAGGUAACACAUCCACCCCCAAAAUCCAGCCCCUCUCGAUGGGCAUGGUCAAGUAGUUGCAUGGCUAUCCAGUUCAUUAAAGCACACCAGCACUUUACUACUGCAGAUUUACUGUAUACAGGUGGGAGCAAGAGAAUUUGCUAUUGCCAGUCUGACACAGGGGAGGGGGAAAGAGAUGGCAGAUGUGUCUGGAGAAAUGUAAAUUCCAUUCCUGCAGCACCCCCCCCCCCCCCAACUGAUUCUUUGUAGCUUGGUUACAGGCCAUUUUUACUGUAGAGAUCUUGGAGGAGGGCAAAGGAAAAGCUGUUUUUGACUUCCGUGGGUUGCACUCAGCACAAGGUUUAUUCAAGGAGAGAAAAAAGUUAACUAUUCCCCAGUCUCCCCUUUUCUGCCCCUUUGGCUACAGUAACCCCUGUGCACUAUUACACGAGGUAACUAGAGCAGGCACAGCACCCUUGCGAUGUCCAUAACAGCCUAGUAUAUAUUAGAGAACUUUGUAUUUAAUAGGCAAUAUAUUUGUAUGCUGGAUCAGGUGUAUAGGCCAAAACAAGGGCUUUUGGUCAGGGCAACAAAAGGUGGUGUUCACGGGGAAAAUUGGAUUUAAAUGGUCCUUUUUUAAAAAUAAAAGACAAGAAAUCAAGUGUAAAUCUUUACAAGUGACAAAACCAAGCGUGUCCUAUUAAAGCUUUUGAAAAGAAAA